CCGAUAGCCACUACCAUCGAAAUUUGUAAAUAUGGAAGCGUUACGCAGGUUUCGAAAGAAGACAAAAGAUGCUGUAGAGAAUUCAAAACAAGGAUCCCCUUCACAUCAAGUUCAACAACAAACAUCGAGUCAUGAUGUCUCGGGUUUUAUCUGCCCACAAUGUAUGAUAUCGCUGGGCUCAGCCGAAGAGUUGGAGAAACACUGGCAGACUGAUCAUAAUUCUCCGCCCUUAGGCCUAAGUAACCGGGCCGGAGAAGAACCCAAGGGGUUUAUCUGCCCCCAGUGCAUGACCUCAUUAAAUUCUGCUGAAGAUUUACAAUUACACUGGGAGAAUGUUCAUGGUGUUGCUAGUGGUUCCCUGCCUGCUGCUAACAAAGACAAACUGAAUAAUGUACCAGAGCAGAAUCGUGGCGGAGAUGUUCUUGCACUUAGGCAAGAAGUUGAUGAUCUUAGAGUUACAUUACAGGAGGAAAAAUGGUAUGCAGAUGAACUUAAAAAAGAAGUAGAGAAAUUAAGCCAAGGGAGGUUGGGCGAUAGCAAUGGAUCACAGAAAGAUGAAUCAAAUUCAGCUUUGUUAACAUCUGAAGUCCUUUUGUUGCGAAAGCAGUUAGCUGAGUCCAUGGAAAAUGCAAGUUCACUCAAACAACAGAAAGACAAUGUUGAGCAAAAAACUGCUUUGUUGGCUGGAGAGACAGCCAGCCUGAAAUCCCAAGUGGAUGAGGAGAGAGGUCACAGGAUUGGCCUAGAGGAAAAGCUUAAACAGUCUGAGAUUGAAGUUGUAGAUACUCGUGCUCAGCUGCGAGCUGUCGAGUCGCAGCUUCUUCAGAGACCCGGCGCUGAUGAUGUCGUCGUUUUGAAAAAAGAAUUAGUCUCUGUGCAGAUGCUUAUGGAUAAUUUGACCCAAGAGAGUGAAUCAGAGAAGAAUAUUCUAAAGAAUCAGUUAGAGGAACUUGAGUCUAAAUUUGAAAAAGUCGGUAAUGAACUAGAGGAAACAAAGAAUUUACUAUCAAAUGCUCCAAAGACUGAAGAGUUAGAACUAUUAAAAAGUAGUUUAAGUAUAACAAGCAGCGGCAGUCAACAGAUACAAGAACAAAUGCAGCUAAACAACCAGAGAAAUAUUGAACUACAGGAACAGGUCUCUAAGAUGGAGAGUCUGGUGAAAGAGAAGGAAGCAGCACUGGAGAGGCAGCAGAAAGACAUGCAAUUUACGCAAGAACAACAGGAGCACCAGUUACUAGAGAAGACCGCCAAUCUGAACAGACUUCAAGAGGAGUUGCAACAGUCACAAGCAAUUAUCAAGGAAAAGGAGAGCAUAUUAGAAAGCUUGCAACAAGAGAUGGGAGACCAUCGUCAAACUUCUGAUGAGCUUGUCCUGGAGAAGGAUCAGCAGAUUAGGAACUUGCAACUGGAGGUGACUAAGGCUCAGAACCAGAUCAAAGAGAAGGAAUCCAGUACAGACGACAUCUCUCGGCAGUUGGAAGAGGUCCAACGACAGUACCAGAUGGAAGCCAGCAAUAAUGACGACCUCAAGUCUGAGUUGCGGGAGAAGCAAUUUAAUAUUGAGGAACAUUUGCGCCUCAUUCAAGCGAAAACGCAACAGCUCUUGGAGGUAGAGGGCGCUUUACAAGUUCAAAAACAAGACACGGAGAGGAUGGAGAAAGAAAGAAGAGAACUAUUACUUAAGAUUGAACAAGGCGAGGGUGCUAACACUGCCAUAAAUCAACUCAAAGAAGACAAUACUAGCCUUCGAAGUCAGGUGACUACAUUAAACGAAUCAAAAGAAGCGUUGAUUGAGGAACAGAGAAGUAAGGAAGAGGAGAUGUACAAGCAACUACAGGAGAAUAAGUCUAUAAUUGAGGAGUUAAAUUUGAAGGUGAACAAGUCGACAACGAAUGCAGAUGAUCUCAGCUCCAAACUUGCCACUUCACAGGAGAAAGCAGCAGCGCUGCAAGCUGAACUCAAUACAAAGAAUGAAUUAAUUUUAGCAACAGAAGCCUCCAUGGCAACCCAGCGUGCUGAUCUUGAGUCUCAUAUUAAGACAUCCAAGAAUGCAUUAGAAGAUAAGCAGAAGGAACUUGCCAAACUACAGGACCAAGUGGAUAAGAUAACAGCAGAGCUAAAUGAAAAGAGAGACCAACUCAACAAUGCCGAUACCACCUGUAAAGAAACCCAAGAAAAACUUAGCUCAGUGAAUCAUAAAUUACAACUACUUCAAGCAGAUAUGCAAGAAAAGGCUGAUCUUCUAGUGGCAGCUGAGGCAGCUAGAGUGUCUCUUAAAGGAGAGAUGGAGAACCAACUCCAGACAGCUCAACUUGCACUUUCUGAGAAAGCAAAGAAUUUUGAUGAACUAACAAACAAUUUCCAAGAGGUGACCUUAAGUUUAGGUAGCACCAAGUCUGAACUUGCUACUGUCCAAAGUAGCCUGACUGAAAUUUCCACUAAACUGGCAGCUGAGACAGAGGCUAAGGGCAAAGCUGAAGAUCAACUGACGGCGACAGAGGCAUCUCUAAAAGAGAAAGCUGUAGAAAGCGAAGCACUACAUAAAGAAAUUGAAAAGUUAAAUCAUCAAAGUGCAGCAAGUAUAGAGAAAAUGCAGAUCGAGCUUGAUCAGAUCAAAUCCACUUUCAAUGAAACAAGGUCACAGAUGCAGGAACAGGCAGAUAAAUUAAGGCAGCAGAAUGAAGAACUGCAAGCAAGUUUAAGGAAAGCAAAAGAAUCUUUAGAAAUGAAGGAGAAAGAAUUAGAAGAGAGCAAUCACACUCAUGAACAACACAAGGUUUCUCUUAUGAAUUCUGCUACAGAAAAGCAUAAUGCUACUCAGAAAGAACUUGAAAUUAUACAGAAACAGAUGCUGGAAACUAAGACUUACUUAGCUGAAAAGACACAGAGUGAGCUAGAACUUCGGGAUCUGAUGGCGACAGAAGGAGAAGAGAAGCAGCAGUUACAAAAAUCGUUAGAAACUGAGGUGAACAACGUUGCUACAUUGAAAACUCAAGUGGAACAACAGGAACAAAGCCUUAUUCAGAAGGUUAGCCAAGCUGAACAACUUCAGCAGCAGCUUUUCAGCAAAGAAGAAGUGCAGAAAGAUUUACAGAGGAAGAUAGAAGUUCUCCAGGAGGAGAUUGCGAAGCCGUGUGAUAUGUGUCACAAUUACGAGGCUCAGGUUGUUAAGCUACAAAGCACAAUUAAGGAUGAACAAGAGAAGAGUUCUGCUCUGCAAGGUGAUAUAGAAAAUCUUCAUGCAACACUUACGACGACGGAGCAGGAACUUGAAAAGAUGCAGGGCAGCGAAGCUUCCCUGAGGAGCAGUGUGGAAGGACUGCAAGAGGUAAAGAUUAUCUUAGAUGGUAAGAUCAGUGACCUUGAACAAGAACUGAAAGAGUCUGAAAAUCAGAAAAUAAAAGUUGAAGAAGAAAAAAUGUCUGCUGAAAAAUUGCUCAAGGAUGAGAAAUCAGUGACCUGUGACCUAAAUAACAUCAAGGCAUCAUUAGAACAGGAACUCAGUCAGACCAAGUCCUCAGCAGAGGAAGACAAACAGCAGAAAUUGAAUGAAAUUACGAGUCUCCAGGAGGCAAAACAAUUGCUCAUCAAGCAGAAGUUAGAUCUUCAGUCAACCAUUCAAACUCUUGAGACAACAGUUGAAAAGGCGAACGCUGAUCACUCAGAGACCAAAGAAGUUGCCAAGAAAGUACAGAGCAUGCUCAGAGAUGAGUCGGCAGCAUUGCAAACAAAACUUGCAGCAGAAUCGAAAGCUAAGACAGAGUUGCAAGAGGCGAAAGAGCAGGUACAGCAGCGACUUGAAAUGCAGAUGAGUGCCUUGAAUGAGAACCUGGGAACUUUGCGACGUGACCUCAUGCAGGCCGAGAUCAACAUCAAGGAACUUGAAAAGAGUAACGAUGAUCUUCGAGGCGAGAUGGCAGUGCAAGAAGCUACAAUACAGAAUAACCAAGACGAGCGAAGAGCUUUACUAGAAAGAUGCCUCAAAAGUGAGUCUGAAGUGGAGAAGCUUCAAGCAAAGCAGGUAGAACUACGUCGCAAGUUGGAUGAUGCAACGGCCGCGAUGCAUGAACUCGGCAGAGAGAACCAGAAUCUGCAGAUCAUUAGCAAUCAGAAGACAGGUCGCAAAUGGACAAGUGAUGAAGAAGCAACAAACUGUAUGAACUGCAAUAAAGGAUUUGCAGUUACUGUUAGAAAGCAUCAUUGUCGAAAUUGUGGAGGAAUCUUUUGCAAUGAUUGCUCAAACAAGACAACAGUCUUAGCAUCCUCCAAAAAACCUGUGCGUGUCUGCGACACUUGCUAUGAAGAGACCAGGAAGUAAUAAUUUCUUUUGUAUGAAGAUUAGCACCUGAUAUUGAUAUAAUCGCACUGUGAUGAUAUCGACCGCAGGUGUAUAGAGUACCGCAGUCAUGUAGUCACGACGCCAGGUUACCGUUCAUUACGCCUGAAUGACUUCAUAGACUUUCUGGAAUCGGCAUUUUGAAAUCUAAUAUUUUACCAUCAAAAUGUACUAAAAACACAAAAGCUCGCAUUAUAUUAGUUAUCGAACAUACUUUUAAUCACCAAUUAAAAUUUACAAAGAAAAAGUAAGAUGAAAUAUCUUAAUAAUUAUGUUAGAAAUUGGGAUCAAUGGUUUGUCAGUGGAGAAAAUGGCGUCGGGUUGAAUGCAUUUUGCAAUGAUAGCAAUGCAGUAGUAUCACAUGGUAUCGUGACGUAACACUGUAGUACUCUAUAGUAACCUGUACAAGUAGCAAUAAUAAAUAUUUUAAUGAAAAUCUCAGAGUAUUACACAGAUUCAAGAUACCCAGCAUUAUGAUAAUGAAGGUAAUGUGAAAUAUUUAUAGCUAUCUUCUGAUCAUUCAUAAAUUGCUAGGUUCUAGCAUAUUGUAACAUUAUGUGUAUUUCCCUUGUUUGAAAAUUAUCUAAAAUUAUUAUUAUUAUUAUUUUUUUCUGUUAUUUAACAAAAGAUCGAUUCACAAUGUAAGAUUGCUUAUUUGUGGGAUUUUUGGAACAACUUGAGAGGAUGCAACCAAGUACAGUGAAUGAUAUUGCCGACAAUUUGUUUUUACUCAAUGUUUAUGAUGCAACUAUGAGAAUUCUAAUUGAACUUCGAAAUCAAUCUUCUGAUAGAGGGCGCUGUGAUCAUUAACCAUAAGACUUAUGUUUUUAAAAAGUGAUUUUUACACAGAAUGUAGACGAUGCAACGUUGCCAUUCAACCUAGUGACCACUGAAUUCCUUACUAUAUGUUACAUACUGGUUUCUUAAAUAAUAGCAGAAUUAAACUGAAAAAUGAUUGGUAUUUAA